UCCCAAGUCUAACCAGUACUGUGUACUAGCAGCACCAAACCAAGAGUCCGCUGAAUGUAGCCGAAGAAAGAUGAAGCUGUUGCGCGUGCUCCAGCACUGCCGUCAAAGCCGAUUCUGAAAGCGAACCCCGGCCAUGAGUCGCCUCCGGCCGACAACGCCCAGGACCUCGAGGGCCCACGUCGUGAUACUCGAGAACCUGGUCGGCUCCAUGGACGCCGGCGACAGCGAGCAUCCCGGAGUCGUCAUCAACCGCUUCCGACUCGCGGGCCACCUGUGCGAUGCCACCCUGCGCACUACCGACGGAGGUGUCUUUCUAGUGCACAGACUCAUGAUGUGCACCCUCAGUCCGUUCUUCGCCGUUCUCUACACCAGUUCUCUCGCGCGGGGAACGGACGUCCUCCUGCACGGUGUUUCAGCUCAUGUGCUCGACAAGUUGAUUGAAUUUUGUUACACCCAUAAGGUCGAGAUCAAUGACAAUAACGUAGAAGAGCUCCUGGUAGCGGCAGACAUGUUCCUUGUGGAAGACUUGAUGCAGAUGUGCUGCGCCCAUCUGGAGGAGCAACUGACCAUCUCAAAUUGCCUGGGCCUACUCUUGCAUGCAGAGUGGUUUUAUUACCCAUCCCACAAGGAAAAAAUCAUGCAGUUCGUCUGCGAACACUUUAUAGAGGUAAUAUUCCAAAGCGAGGAGUUGAUGUACAUGUCCUACGAGUUCUUGUAUUCUUUGCUGUCCUCCGACUACUUGAAUGUGGUUGAUGAGUCAACUGUACUGAUGGCCAUCAUCAAGUGGGUAGAGUUCAACACGGAAGACCGCGUGCGCUUUGCUCCACAUUUAUUCCUCUGCGUCCGCAUUGGCCUCUGCAACCCAGAACCAGUGGAAAAAGUGGUGUCGUUGCAUCCUUGGAUGGCCCAGUUUGAAGACUGCCGAAACGCCCUUCUCCGGCUGACAGAAUCCCAGCCCUGGCGGUGGAGGCCCCGCGCUCCAAAUGAAGUCAUCUUCACAGUAGGCGGAUGGGCCGAAACACGCGCCACCAGUGUUAUGGAGAUCUACGACAACAGGGCCGACAGGUGGCACAUCUGCGUCGACGACGACAUUGCACCAAGGGCUUAUCAUGGCUUGGUGGUUCUCAAGGGCCUCGUCUACAUGAUCGGUGGAUUCGACGGGGAACUCUGUUUCAACACGGUUCAGUGCUACGAUCCUCAGAAGCAUGUCUGGGAAGAACGCUCCUGUAUGAACAUGCCCAGGUGCUACGUUAGCGCUGCGGCUGUUGGAGGGUACAUCUACGCUGCAGGAGGCUUUACCGGGCAGACGAGGACCAAUUCUGUGGAGAAGUACCACCCGCUGAUGAACCAGUGGUACGCUGUCACCGCAAUGCACAAGAGACGCAGUGAUGCCUGCGCCUGUGGGUUCAAUGGAAAGCUGUACGUCGCCGGCGGCUUCACGGGAACCCGGGUGCUCAACAGCGUGGAAAUGUACGAUCCAACCAUAGAUACCUGGGUCUACAUCGAACCCAUGCUGUCCUCUCGAAGCGGCUUCCGCCUCUUACAGUUCGCCGACACCAUUUAUGCCAUCGGCGGUUUCGAUGGUGCGCUGCGCCUCUGCACAGUGGAGCGCUACAACCGACUGAUGAACCAGUGGGAGAGAGCGGGUUGUAUGAGGCUGGGGCGCAGUAACUUUGCUGCAGCUGUGCUCGAAGGAUCAAUUUACGUCAUGGGUGGCUUCAAUGGCACGACGACGAUAUCGGACGUGGAACGUUUGGAUAACGAAACCCUGACGUGGAUUCCAUCAACUCCUCUCGGCAUCUCCAGGAGUGCCUUCAGUGCUUGUGUCCUCAAGAACUCUGCCACCUGUAACCGAUUCGCCUACUGCCGGAUUCUCGAGAAGCUGGAGAGCAUCAGCAACUGAGGCGGACACGAGUAACCUGUUUCGGGACCAUUCUCUUGUCGCCUUUAGUAGAACGACCAGGAGUUGACUGACGGUGCAUACCUUGAAACCUUGUUCCUGUCCACACCACUCGCCGAACAGGAUAACGUGAUAAAAAUAAAAGCUAUGAGCGAGAAGGAAACGGGAGUGCCCGUCACUCUUAACCUUUUGCGCUUAAGUA